AUGAACAAAAUACUGAGUAAAUGGAUUGGCGCUUAUGAGGCCGCUAGGCGUUUGCAAGCAAGUCGUUGGUCAGAGAAUGACGUUUUGGCAAAAGCGCAUGAAAUAUACGCAUUGGGGAAGAAUGUUCAAUUCACUUUAAUGGCAGAAUGGCAAGCUCUCCGUGAUCAGCUACGUUAUAGUAGUCAAUUAGGAGGAAGUAUUGGCUCAGGAAGUAGUGGAUCUAAGAGAUCUCACGAGAGUGAUGCAUGUGGCUCAAACUCUGUAGGAUCUAGUGCUCGUCCUAUGGCCUACAAACUAAGACGUGAAAUUGAAGAAACUUAUAUACUCAAUCGAUUUAGAGAGUGUCGACAGAAAAUAUUGGAAUAUAAUGCACCUCGUACUAGAAAAUAUCUCAAUAGAGAUCAUGCAGCGGCAAACCAAAGACUAAUCGACGACUACUUUGCCAAUGAGCCUACAUAUGACGAUCCAAUGUUUCGUCGUCGAUACCGGAUGCAAAAACAUGUUUUCCUUCAAAUCGUUAAGGACCUUUCAAGUAGUGAUGACUACUUCACCCAGCGAGUUGAUGCAGCUAAUAAAGAAGGUAUAUCACCCUUAGCAAAAUGUAACACAGCAAUGCGUAUGUUAGCAUAUGGUAUGACAGCAGAUGCGGUCGAUGAGUACAUCAGAAUAGGAGGUACUACAACAUUGGAGUGCUUACGUAGAUUCUGUAAAGGAAUCAUACGAUUGUAUGAGCAAGUGUAUCUGAGAGCACCAACCCAAGAUGACCUGCAAAAAUUACUACAUGGAAAUGCUCCCAGUGUUAAUUUCUUUGUGAAUCAACGUCCCUAUAAUAUGCCAUACUAUCUAGAUGAUGGUAUCUACCCUUCUUAUCCAACUUUCAUCAAAUCGAUUAGACUUCCUCAGAGUGAACCUGAUAAGUUAUUUGCAAAAUAUCAGGAGGGAUAUCGGAAGGUCAUCGAACGUGCAUUUGGAGUGCUUCAAGCUCGAUUUAAAAUCAUCCGUGAACCAGCUCACUUGUGGGACAUAGCCGAUUUGGGUAUCAUAAUGAGAUCAUGCAUCAUAUUACAUAAUAUGACUGUUGAGGAUGGAGGAGACUCAUAUGCUCAACGUUGGACCAAUUUUGAGCAAUCUGAGGAAAGUGCAACCAUACUCUACCGAGUUUGUUACCCGCUUUUGUAA